AUGCAUUCUAAUCAAAAACCUACUGCUUUGGGUUUCCAGACUUCAGUAAUAAAUUAAUCCCCAAAGAACUCCAGAUUUUUAUCAUCAUCAUUGACCUACUUCGAUAAUACUCAACUUGAAAAGCAAUCUAUCAAAAAUAUAGAUGAGUAUAAAAAACGAUAUGAUAAAUGGUAGAAGACCUAUUUGCAAUAUCAAAUAUAGGAUUUUCUAAAAAAGACUCAAUAGGAAUAGCAAGUGAAUCUCUCAUAUGAUCAAUUUAACAAGACUAAUGGUAGUUAAUUCCCUGGAAAUUAGAAUUCCUCUCAAAAUUACUUGAGUUUUCAGCCUAAAAUACAGAAAUUGGGAACAUUUUAAUAAGUCAAUUAGAUGAAUCUCACGAUGAAAGAUAAUUCAACUUCAUUCAAUCAACAAAGUUCGAGUGUUGGACGUCGAGCAGCAGGUCCAAUCCUCAUGAGUUAUAGAAACUAAACUAUGAGAUCAAUUACAACUGAAGGUAAAGUGAGAUAAAAAGUGGUUAUAGAUGGAAGUCAUCUUAAGUAAAAAAUGAAUGCAUAAAAUUAUAAUACCUCAUAGAACUAAGAUAGCUAGCAAGAUUUAUAGCUUAAAUAACUAAUUAGCACAAAUAUGAGUACGAAUCAAAGAAUGGAGACAUUUGAGGAUACUUAUAGAAGCAAACUUGGUGCUCUAAGUGUUGGUGGGAAGACUGACAAAUUACACCUAAAAAACUAACUUAUAAGAGAUAGGCUUAAUUAGAAUCGACAGAUUAUUAAAGAUUUUUAGGUUGGAAAUGAUUAAUAAGAAACCGAAGAAACAAUGGUUGAUAAAAGUUAUGAUUUUUCUUAACGGAUAAAACGCUAGUUUAAAUAUGAAGAUGCAAUAAACUCGAGAGAUGUAACUCUUACUAAUUUUUAACAAUUUGCUGGAUUCCAAUAUUAAUCCUAGAAGACCGCUCAUAGCUAAAUGAAUAGAAGAAAUAUAUCAAAAAUAGAGGAUAGACUUUCAAAUCUUAAAGAUUCACUCCUCAAAAAUAAGAGUUAAUAUAGAGAUGUAAGAAGCUCUAAUAAGAACUCAACAAAAAAAUUCAAUAGCUAAGAGUGGGUGGAUAAAUAUCAAACCUUUUUGCUAGAUUCUUAUAAAUCAAAGAAAAAGAAUGAUUUUCAAGAGGAUUUAAAUGAGGAUCUGGAUGAUUAUGAAAAUAAAAGUCAAGAUAAAAAUAAAGAACAUACAAUGAGCUUGCUUGAUGAGAUAAACUAGAAUGUAAAGCCAAUUAAGCGAAGGACUAUUGGAAAUAUACAAUAAUAAUUCAUGAGGGAUGCAACCAAUUUCUCAGGAGGAAGAUCAAUACAAGAACCUGAUUCUGGGAAUAAACUAGAACCUAAAUCUCAAUUUAAUAAACAAGAUUAUGAUAAAAAGUCUUUGUUUUAAGAAUCUUUAUUCAAUCAAACACAAGGUAUUGGAAGAAACAAUGCUCAAGAUAUGAGUGUUCUUUUAGAGGAAAGUCUUCUCAACGCCUCAAGAGAUAAUUCCAUAGAUAGAUCAUAAAGAAAUAAAACUUAAAAUGAAAAAGCUAUAAGCAAAAGUAGAAUUAUCGUUGACAAUGACAAGCACCGAGUCAGGACUUAAAUUCCUGUUUAAAAUAGAAUAGGCAAAAAGAGUAAGGAUAUCCAAGAAAAUUCUACUAAUGCGUCACAUAUCAAUUUAUAUAAAAGACCUGAAGUUCAUCAAAGAAUGGAAGCAUCUUUCAUUAUUAGCAAAUUUUGA